UGGGUGAACUUAGCUUUGGCCUCUAUCACACCAGAGCUCCCCUGUUCACAAUUUCCUUCUCUGCAGGGUCAGUUUAUAUACGGUUGCUUCGGCUGGACAGGGCAUUGCCUCAUACUUCCUUUGUCUUUUCAAUUUCUUUUCCAUAUUCAUGUAGUCUUUUCCUCACUGCCGGUCAGUUGAAUAGAUUUCAGUGUAGAGAUGAAUACUUGAUUCGAUUUCUGGGAACCCUGUAUUGGGAUUCACACCCGGGAUGAUGGAGGCUAGAUCUGUAUCAAGUGUUAAUCGUUGAGUCGUUGUCAAGUUCAUCUCCGGAGUGGGCUUAUCUCUUCUCGGAGUCACCCUUCUUACUGUCGCAAAUUUUGGUCCUUGAGUUUCGGGCAAGGGCGUUUACAAUUCCUGAACAUUUUUUUUUCUUUAUUUCCAAGCCUGAGUGACUGUUACCGUAUUUCUUCUAAAACGUGCAUGUUUUACACCACCGAUUACAAACACGAAUUAUUUAACAUCAUAUAUCACAAGACCGUUCCAACCCAAACCACUCCGCGAUAAUAACAAGGAAACUUCGCAGUCCUUUCAGUCACUUCUUGCACUAUUUCCCGCCGACAAGCGAUGUUCCGACGGCCUCCAGGCUGGGCAGAUGCCUGCGCCCAGCGCGGCCGGAACCGCGGGCCCCGCCCGUGCCUUCGGUUUCGAUUCCCGUCCAGCGCGGCCCAGAGGCGGUGCCGAGUCCCCGCCCCGCUCCUGCUCCGGUUCCCGCUCCCGCCCGCUGCUGCCGCAGUCCCGCCCGCGGUCCCGUCCCGCUCGGAGGGCACCAUGUGCGACCCGGCCGUGUCCAGCUUCCUCACGCAGACGCUGUGCGCCCAUGGCGGGCGGCUGGGGCUGCGGGAGCUGGAGGAGACCGUCGGGCUGCCGGCGCCGCAGCUGCAAGGCACGCUGCGGGCGGCGGGCCCCCGGCGGUUCCUGGUGUUGGAGGGCGGCCCGGCGGUGGUGGCCGUGACGGACGCCAGGGUCUGUGUCCUCAAGGAGUGCGGCGGCUGCGAGCGCCUGCACCUCUGCAAGCUGCACCUCAUGGGCAGGUGCCACCUGGGGCCCAGCUCUUGUAAGUACUCGCAUGACAUCAUGAAUGCAGAGAACAAAAAAGUUCUAAAAAAAUAUGAUUUGUCUGGCCUCAGUGAGAAUGAACUGCAAGUCCUGCUUCUCCAAAACGAUCCAUUCUUCCUUCCUGAUACCUGCCACUUUUACAACAAAAAAGGUUGUCACUGCACGCAUCAAAGCAACUGCAACAAGCUUCAUGUUUGUCGAUUCUUUCUCCUGGGGAAAUGUAAAUUUCCUCAAUGUGUAAUGUCCCAUAACCUCUUGGAUAGCCAUGGAUUGAGGCUGUUGGAAUCUGGAGGCAUUGAUGGGAAGAUAGCUUCAAACUUCCAGGCUAUAUGUGACUACAAGCAUCUCGAAUUCAACAGGGAACAGAAGAAGGGGUAUGUACACAACUAUAGACCAAGACAUGAUAAUUGGAAAAAACCAGCAGUUACAAGGAAUAAAGAACUGAACAAAACUUUGCAAACAGUGGAAUCCGUGCCGCACGUGCCACCUGCAAAAGGUCCCAGUAGCACUGCACCUGCUCAGAGCCAACACCAGUUGCCAACAGGAGUGGAAGACAAAGAUAAAGAUAAAGGCAAUGAGAAUGGCUUUGCCAGCAGAACUGUUGUCUCGACCUCCCUUCCCAGUAGCACUGCACCUGCUCAGAGCCAAGACCAGUUGCCAACAGCAAUCGGAAAUAAAGAUAAAGGCAAUGAGAAUGGCUUUGCCAGCAGAACUGUUGUCUCGACCUCCUUUCCCAGUAGCACUGCACCUGCUCAGAGCCAAGACCAGUUGCCAACAGGAGUGGGAAAUAAAGAUAAAGGCAAUGAGAAUGGCUUUGCCAGCAGAACUGUUGUCUUCACCUCCCCUCCCAGUAGCGCCAUACCUGCACAGAGACAACAGUUGCCAACAGGAAUUGGAAAUAAAGAUAAAGGCAAUGAGAAUGGCUUUGCCAGCAGAACUGUUGUCUCGACCUCCCUUCCCAGUAGCACUGCACCUGCUCAGAGCCAAGACCAGUUGCCAACAGCAAUCGGAAAUAAAGGUAAAGGCAAUGAGAAUGGCUUUGCCAGCAGAACUGUUGUCUCGACCUCCCCUCCCAGUAGCACUGCACCUGCUCAGAGCCAAGACCAGUUGCCAACAGGAGUGGGAAAUAAAGAUAAAGGUAAAAAGAACAGUUCCUCUGACGAAGAUUCAAAGGACAAUAAAAAAGAUAACUCUGAUGAGAUCUGUUUGUUCUAUGUCUGGAAGUACUGCAAAAACAAGGAUAAAUGCAAAUCUGUUCAUUACCAUUUGCCAUAUAAAUGGGAGAUAUAUGAUGGUUUGAACUGGCAUGAACUUCCCUUGAUGGAGGAAAUUGAAAAGGCCUAUUGUGACCCAAAGAACAGCAGCUUGCCAAGUACGAACAUUGAUUUCCAGAAAAUGACCUGCUCUUCUUCUUUGGUUCGACGCCUCUCUACACCAUCAUCAGUCACAAAACCCACAUUCCUCCUGACCACACAGUGGAUUUGGUACUGGAAGAAUAACCAAGACAAGUGGAUUGAAUAUGGAGAACAGGAAGAAGGGAGUAGCAUGACCUCACCAUCUUCUGCUAUUAUUGAGAAUUUGUAUCAAGCAGAUCCAUGUGCCGUUGUACCUUUUCAGACUGACCAACAUCAAUAUGAGCUCAAUUUUAAAGAAAUGAUUCAGACAAACAUUAUUUUUAAAACUAGAAGACAAAUCUGCAGGCGACCAAAAUUUGUGUCUUCUGAAGAGGUGCAGAAAAUCAAGACAAGCAGCCAGAGGGAUCCUUCUUCUAUUCCAAGUCAGACCUGUCCUAGUCACUGGGAUGCAUCUGCACUGCCUGACUUUGGAUACAAGGUAAUAUUGGGAGUGGCUGGGAUUCUGCAUGCUUGUGGUGACCAUUGUAAGAGCUGACAGCUACAACUCGAUGAACUGCCUUCUCUUCAGACAUUGACAAAUAAUCCUGGCAAAAUCUGCUGCGCUGGAAGUGAUCCAUUUUAAAAAGGAACCUGUGAGAUAGGCAGAAAGUCAUCUUGGCUUAAAAUGAGAAACUGUGUCUUGGUAACAUUGCUUAUUUUUUGAGUAUUGCCGUGUCUUAAUCUGUAAGUCCUUGAGAAUAGUUCUGUUGAAAGAAGUGUAUAAAAUGCACAGUGGAAGUUGGUAACACUGAUUGGAAAGUUGGUGUGAAUUUCUCCUGUCUUUGCUUUAACAAAGUGGAAAUAGUAGCUGUUAAAUGUUUUAAAGGAAAAAAAAAAUUGCUUCUAUCUUGAAACUUCAUGUUGGGUUUAAAAUUGUCUCUUUAAUGUACAACUGAGAAAAGUGUGCAGUGGAUGUGUGAUUUCCUGUCAGUUUUGUGUGGUUGAUGUGCUGAUGAAUCCUGGCUACAUGCAGGCCAAGGAUUGCUGCACUGUACCAGGCACAGGAUGCCAUGUGAAGAGUGUCUGCAUUUUAUAGAGGUCACUUCUGGUGGGGUCACUGCCACCAGUACCAGCCCUGCCCCUCCCAAAGCCCCAGUGAGGCAAAGCUCAGGGUGUGUCACAGAGUCCUGCCCCUGUGCAGUCACACACCUGUGGGAACUGCUGCCAGAGCAGUGGCUCCUUCUCUGCCUUGGGAACUCUGCUCCUUGAUAACAGAGUAGCAAAUGCUCACACUCAGUGUGAUUUUCCUUUCCAGGUCUGAAGGUGAAAAAUGCUGAAGAAGUUGUGUAGUUUUGCCAUAUCAGCCUUCAACACCACCUUCAAUGUGGUGCUUGACCUUUUAUUAGCACUAGAAGCAUCUUUGGGGAAAUAAGGACAAAACCCACAAAGUUUUCAUGGAAAGGAGAACAGCUUUGUUGUCUGGAGGCCAUCAUAUGAUAAAAUAAUGGCAGUACCUUUCUUGCAGGAUUAGGCCUUGUGUAACAUGGCUAACCCUCUGUUUUACCUAGAAAGGUUACAGUUCCUCGGGAAGAGAUCACAGAAUCAUUGAAUGUGCUGAGGUGGAAGGGACCCUUUGGGAUCAUCGAGUCCAACACCAGGCCCUGCACAGGACACCCCACAAAUCACACCGUGGGCCUGAGAGAUGCAGCAGAGCAAAAGCACAUUUGUAGUUUAAGUGGGAAUUGUUCAUGUAUAAAUAAAUUUGCAGAUGACACCAAGCUGGACACUGCAGGUGACACACCUGAAGGACAGGGCCAUCCAAAGGGAUGUGGACAAACUCAGAAGGGGUCCAUGGGAAUCCCAUGAGGUUCAACAAGUACUGGUGCUGCACCUGGGCCAGGACAACACCUGGGAUCAGUCCAGACUGGGAUAAGCAGAUGGAGCUGAUGCCUUGGGAAGGCUGGCCUGGAACAGAGAUUAGACAGAGCUAAGAGAAUAAAGUAGGUAUUUAUUAAAAGGCCUUCAAGGAUACACCUUGGGCAGUACAAGAGCCUGGCUGGGGCUACACCCAGGAUGGACCCAAUAUGGUCACAAUGAAUGACUAGUCAUUGGUCUCACACUUUUAUGUUUUGGUCAAUUUGCAUAUUGGGUUAAUUGUCCAAUUACAGCUUCCAAUUAUGAAAUCCCAUCCCUCUUGUUCCUCCCUUCAGUCCACUGUUGUUUAUGCUUUUGGGCCUGAAAACUUGUGAUCAUUGUCCUUGGUCUCAAGCUGGAAAAGGAUUUGUUUUGUCUACCUACUCUGAAGACAGCUUACUGGCACUUAAUGUGAGGCUCAGAACUGCACCCCUAGGCAGCACAAAAUCUGAAAAACAUGAAAGCUGAAACUUGGGGCAUCAGAGCAAUCAUGGGAGAAGGACUUGGGGAUGCUGGUGGUGAGAGCUGGACAUGCCCUGCCUCUGAACCCCCCUUGUGCUGAGCUGAUGAUUUACAAGGGCCUGGAGUGACAGGACAAGGGGGAGUGGCUUCAAACUGUCAGAGAGUAGGUUUAGACAGGGUAUUAGGAAAAUAUUCAUCCCUGUGAGGCUGGUGAGGCCCUGGCACAGGUUGCUCAGAGAAGCUGUGGCUGCCUCAUCCCUGGAAGUGUCCAAGCCACGUUGGAUGGGGCUUGGAGCAACCUGGGAUAGUGGAAGGUGUCCCUGCCCAUGGCAGGGGGAUGGAACUGGUUGAGCUUUAAGGUCCCUUCCAACCCAAACCAUUAUGUGAUUCUAAAUAAAAGAUGUAGUACUGAAAUAAGUGAUAUGAUUUUCAUCACCUGAUGGUGAGAAGCUUGAGCUGUGCUGUCACAGACUGUGCAGACAAUCCGUACUUGUACAUCCUGAUUGUUUUAUGUGUUGUGCUGCAAAGCUUUGGAAAAUGCUCCUGUAUUAUUGAGACACUGGAAAUUUCACUCACCUUUUUAAAGGCUUUUAAAUAAAUUCAAAAGAAAUAGUUCUUUCUUGUGCAGCUGAUUGUAUUCUUAAUCUUUAAAAUACUUCCCUGUAAGUGAUCUCCUCAUCAGUAAGUAUGUAAAUGUAGCUGUGAAACACAAGUUUUAUCCUAUUUUAUUUUCUCUCUAAGCUCAGCCUUCUAAAACAGGGAAGUUUUGCCUGGCAGGGUAAGAUGUUAGGUUUCCUUGUUACCUUUUAGGAUGGCCACAGCUUUCCUGCUUAAAACACUUUGGAAUGUGGGGUGUUGGGAUCUCACUGUCAUCUUGAGUCCCCACUUGGCUUAAGUUGUGGUAAAGUGGAAAGUAUUACCAGGUGACAUCACCCUGCCAGCAGAUUUUGCAGUUUAUGGAGAUAAAUGUUGAUUCUAGAAGAUUAAAGACAUGAGUUACUUUGGAGAGAAGAUGGAAAAUUUAUGCAUGACAUAAGCAAACAGAAAAGCUCAAUGUUUUUAUGUUUUACAUUAAAUUCUCUUUGGGAAAAAUGAGCAUUUCUUAAUGGAUUUUUUAACACAAAAUGUACAGAUAAAUAAAUAAAAGGAUAAUGGCUAAAUAGACUUUGUUUCCAUUGGGAAAGGAGAUGUAUUUGUUUAAGCAGGUAUUUGGUGUCACAUUUAUUUAGAAAUGUAGGGUUUUUUUCUCAAGUCCAUAUCUGAAUGAAGCAUUCCAAGUUCUGACUUUGAAAAUGCCAGGAGGAAGUUUGUGUUUUGUUUCAUCUUUAAUAGCUGAAGCUCCCAUAAAGGUCUAGUUACAAGUGAUGCUGUUAUCUAACAUCUUUUGAUUUUAAUCAUCUUUAGAUAUAAAACUGACACUAUCUGGAAUAAUCUGUCACAUUUUCUUUUUGCAAUUUCUGUUCCAUUGAGAUUUAAAAUUGCAGGUGUCAACUCUUGGAGAUGAUAAAUCCUUCCUGAAGAAAGGUGAGGUGACCUUGCAAAGCAGGAGUGAUAUGAUUUACUUGGUGUUUGGUUAUUCACACAGUCAUGAUCUAAAGCAUUUAUUUACCCUUCAUAAGCAUAGUUUGGGGACUCUUCUGAAAGUGCAUCUGCUGGAAUUAGGCUUCUGCAUGUUCCAAGCUCACUGCAGCCUCAUGCCUUGUUUUGCUUUGGUUUGUGUU